CCCAUUUUGCCUCUUAAUUUCAACAUUUUGCCUCUGUUUUGAGGAUUUCACAAAUGGGAAAAAAACUAGGGUUCCAAAAUUGGGGAAUUUCUAGAGUUAGGGUUCGGCUGACUUUAACUUCCCAAUUCAUCAUGUUCUAAAUGCUAACAGGAACUAAAACCAGUGCUUGUUGACAAAACUUGAAGCGGAAACGUGGCAUAAUAAAUUAAGAGAACAUGAUUGAUCAUAACCAUUGGUUAAUUAGCACAAAUCCGUAGCAAAUUAGACUUUAACUGAAACCACUUAACCCUAGAUAUGGACAUUCACUUUAAUCAGAGGAGAUUGGCUAUAACCUUUAAUCUUUAACCUUUAACAGUGAUCAUCUGGGCUUAAUUUGCGCACUUUAAUGUAACCAGAAGAUCAAUAGGGAUCUAAUCUAGGCUUAACCUUGUUCAAGAUACCAUUGUUAGACUUUUAAUCCCGUAGGAUAUACUAAACAGAUCGUAAGCGUAACAAUUAGAUCACCUAGUAGCACAGAUAGAGAGAUGGAUUAGGUUCUUACCACCAAUGGAAGCAGCCAUUGGUGUCGACGGUGCGAAGUCCCAUGCCUGCUCGAUGCAGGCUCGAUGAAGUUGCUCGUUGCAGGUAGCGGCGUCCCUCCGGGCGCCACCGGCACUGCCCUGGGACAGAGGCAGAGCUUGGAGAUGAUCUUCCCGUCGUGCAGCGCUCCCCCAGAUCGGUUAGGGUUUAGGGAUGUGGGGAGCAGGAGUAAACCGUACGAGAACCGGUCUAGCGUAGGUGCCGGCUGCUCUCCAAUCUUUUCAUGUGCGCUGGCGACAGGGGACCAAAACCAUAGUUGGUUAGGGUGCCCCCGAUCAGGGUGCGUAAGUUGAGAUCGAGGGAUACGAACGUUGGUUCGUAGCCUCCCUAUUUCUCCCUUUAACGUAACUUUAUUUCUGGUCUUUUAUUUUCGUUUUGACCCAUUGGGCCUCUAGAUCAAUACCAACACCUUGGACUGGUCCGUGCGGGAGGUCCGCGACGGCCGCGUCCUGCUCGACAGACCCUCCCGCCACGACGAGCUCGGAUCCGUCUUCAAGGAGAUGGUGGUGUGCGACCCCAUGCACCGGCAGUAUCUCCUGCUCCCCCCGCUCCCCGGCGACCUAGCCAUUUCGAUUGUUGUCGGACUAGCGACUGAAGGGCCGUGCUUCGGGGAAUCCUUCCUCGCCCCUCCUGGCGAUGAAGAGGAGGCGGCUGCUACUACUGAGGAGGGGACGUCAUUCAGAGUGAUCUGGAUGAUGCUGCUCAAAACUAAGCCGAUGGCCGCUGUUUUCUCUUCCUCCACAGGGCAAUGGCGAGCCAUUACAUGCCUGAGCCACAUCGACUCGUUACCUGGCUUUUUGUUAUCGACGUGGAAGUUUUGGUUCGUGUCGCGCCAUUACGCACAUGGUUGCUUCUACUGGGUUUCAGGUACCAGUGAAAAAUUGCUCGUGCUUGACAUCCGGACAAUGGAGUUCUCCAUGGUUGACCACCCACCCUGUCCCAGAUUUUCGGGCGAUGAUGUCGCCAUCGUUGAGGCAGGCCAAGGCAUGACUGUGAUGUUUGUGCCUAAACCUGACACAGGUCGCCGUUUUUAUACCGUUUGGCGAAAGAAUGGUGGGAGUUCCACUCAGUGGCAGAUGGAGAAUGAGCCAUUCUUGCUGGAUUCUGGGUCCUUGAUCAAGGGUGCUGUGGGUAGGCACUUGCUCCUAUAUUAUGUCGGAAGCUCGUCAGUCAAGCAAGGUUGUUACACGCGGGACGUCGACACAUUUCAGUUUGAGAGGGUGUGUGGUUCAUGUCCUGACUCGUCAGAAGCAUAUUGCAACUUACCACCAUCGUUAUUAUCGUCGCCGACAGUGUCAAGUGCUUCCCGCUCUGGCCCCUCUCCACUCCCAGGAUGCCGUUGGCUCCCCGUCGCCCUUCGCUCCAACAACCGCCGAGGCUUCCGGCUCCCGCGAUCCUGCCCUCUUCUCCAGCGACCGCCAAGGCGUCGACCGGUGUGCUACCAAGCCACCGGUGCGCUGGCCACCAGCGUCAUCCCACAAGGCACACGCCAUGCUGAUGCCCAGGGAAUGGGGGAUGAUGUGCUGGUGCGUGAACUACGAGAAGCUGACUCUGGAGGCGUGCAAGGACCUGUUGUCGCAGCAGAUGCCCAAGCUCUGAAUCCCUUGUUUGUCGUCGAAGGGAGCAGGGGAGACUCAACUACGAGAGGCUGACCCUGGAGGCUUGCAAGGACCUGUUGUUGCAGCGGCCGCCCAAGCUCCGAACCCCUUGUUUGUCAUCGAAGGCACACGCCAUGCUGACGUCCAUGGAGUGGGGGGUGAUGUGUUGGUGCCUGAAGUACGAGAAGCUGACCGUGGAGGUGUGCAAGGACCCGUUGUGGCAGCGGACGCCCAAGCUCCAAACCCAUUGUUUGUUGUGGAAGGCACACCUCAUGCUGAUGUUGUCCAGGGAGCGGGGGUCGAUGUGCCGGUGCCUGAACUACAAGAAGCUGACCCUGAAGCGACGCAAGGAUCUGUUGUCGCAGCUUCUGCCCGAGCUCCAGACCCCUUGUUGGUCGUCGACAACGAUGACGAUGCUGAGGCGGGUCACGGUGAGGCAAGGAGGAGGCGGCGCUGGGGUUGGGGCUGGGGCUGCGGAGGUUGCAGAGCCGGGUAAGCGAGGUGGAGAGGGCGGCGUGCGAGGAGGCGAGGGGCCGGAGUAUGUGGCAGGAUGGUAGCUAGAUGGAGUGAGCAAGAGUGACUCCAUCCUUUUUGUAAAGCUUAUUUGCUUGAUCUGUGCCGUGAUGGUCCCUGGUUGCUCUUGUUCUGUGCAACUGUCUCUGGAUGACUGAUCGACAGUGCAGUUUUUUCCUUUCUUUUGGGAGGCAACAAUUAGCAUUGUCGAUUU